GAAGACUCCUCUCCACCCGUCGCUGCAUCAUCCCCACGCCCUCGUUCCUCCCUACAGUGACGGCUUUUGCAUCUCUUUUCCUUCGUUUGCCCACCCUUUCACUACGCUCGCUGCCUGUAAUUUUGUUAUCUGCACCCUCCUCCAACCUCCAGCGGCCGCCAUUCCUCGUAGUGUUGUGCUCUUUUCCGUCCUCCAUUUCACACCCAAACACACCACCCCAACUGCGUGCAUCCAUCUAGAUAGGCCUCUGCAACAUCUGCUCACCAUCCGUAGAAGCCCUGUGAGCCCCCUGGAAGCCUCCACUCGCUCAGCGCUCCCGUGGGGACGCGUCCGCCGACCAUGGCCUCCAACUCGUUCCCGGGCAACGUUCCUCAGUACGCCCAACCAUCGCUGCCAUCGCUGCCGCAGCAUCUCCAGUCCGACACUCAGUUAACCGCACAUCUUGCGAGCCGAUUCCAUGCGCACUUGCCGACCGCAACCCUCUCGUCGCAUGCUAUUAUCUCACUAAACACAUACACCGACGCCAGUCGAGGACCGGACGGCGGCAAGGAUGGCAGCGCGCACCAGGCCGCCGAAGACCUCGCCCAGAGAGCGUACAUGCGCCUCGGGCAGCGAUCGGAGGACCAGGCAAUCGUGUUUCUGGGAGAAUCCGGUGCCGGUAAAACUACCAUCCGCGGCCACGUUCUGAGAUCCCUUCUUUCCUAUUCAUCCACUCCCCUUUCCAAAAAAAUUGAGCUUGCCAAUUUCGUUUUUGAUGCCUUCACGACUACCAAGUCCCUGACGACCCCUGUCGCCUCCAAAGCUGGGCUCUUGUUGGAGCUUCAGUACAACACCUCCACCUCCCACGCCACCCUGCUCGGCGCACAACUCCUAGCCCACCGACUAGAGAGGAGCAGAAUCGCUGCUGUGCCCACGGGCGAGCGAAACUAUCACUGCCUCUAUUACCUCUUGGCUGGAACUAGCCCAGCCGAGAGGAAGCACCUGGGUCUCGAUCUCGUUGGAACCACGUCUAAUGCGCCAGGCGCCCGAGCUUCAUUGACUGGACAGAAGCGAUGGCGCUAUCUUGGACACCCAACGCAACUCAAAGUUGGCAUUGAUGACGCCAAGGGCUUCCAAGACUUCAAGACAGCUCUUCGGAAACUCGAGUUCCCCAAGCAUGCCAUUGCUGGCAUCUGUGAAGUCAUGGCCACCAUUCUCCACAUCGGUCAACUAGAGUUCGUGACCGGGCAAGCCACCACGCCUGCUGCUGAUGACAGCGGUGGUUAUUCACACGAAGGCGGUGAACAAGUUACCACGGUCAGGAAUAAGGAAGCCUUGGAACCUAUUGCGUCCUUCCUAGGUGUCAGUGUCUCUGACCUGGAGCAGAGUCUGAGAUACAAGACACGAACUCUCUAUCGGGAACGGGUGACAGUAAUGCUUGAUCCGAAAGGCGCACGUGCAAAUGCUGACGAGCUUGCCCGCACUCUUUAUUCGCUACUCGUGGCUUACAUUAUGGAGGACAUCAAUUCCAAAUUGUGUGUGCUUCCAGACCAGGUUGCCAACACGGUAUCAAUCGUUGACUUCCCCGGCUUCUCGCCGGCCUCCGCUACUGGCUCCGCUCUUGACCAGCUCCUGAACAACGCUGCCAAUGAAGCCCUCGUCAACUUUUGCCAGCACAGCUUUUUCGGCCGGCAGAUGCAAGAAAUGGAGGCCGAAGACGUCAGCAUUCCUCGAAUGGAAUAUUACGACAACUCCGAGGCAAAAACUGGUCUCUUGAAAUCUGGCAAUGGGCUCUUGAGCAUACUCGAUGAUCAGAUGCGCCGUGGUAAGAACGACAUGCAAUUCUUGGAUGCACUCCGCAAACGCUUUGAUGGCAAGAAUACCGCUAUUCUGCCUGGUAGCCUUACAGUGGUUCAACCAGGUAGCAAUUUCCCGACGCACAAUACCGCAGCAUCCUUCACAGUCCGCCAUUUUGCUGGUGAUGUGGACUAUGCUGUCGAAGGACUCAUUGAAGAAAACGCUGAACUGAUUUCGGGUGACAUGAUGAACCUUCUCAAGUCUGCCCAGAGUCCUUUCGUGCAAGAGCUUUUCGGUCAGGAUGCACUUAACAAGGUUACUCACCCUAAAGAGAGGACUGCAAUUUUACAAGCAUCCGUCAGCUCAAAACCGAUGAGGAUGCCAAGUAUGGCGCGGCGCAAGGACAGGCCUGGUAGAUUUGGCAGGCCCUUGAGCACUUUCGACGAGGAUGCUGGAAGCGACACAGAGAGUGCGACUUCUGGCGGAAAGAAACAUGACCCAACUAAAAAACAGACGGGUGCCUCUGGCCAAUUUCUGAGCUCGCUUAAGACAAUCGAGUCUUCCUUACGAAAAGCGAACCCUUAUUUCGUCUUCUGUUUAAAGCCAAAUGAUCGGCGAAUUGCGAAUCAGUUCGACAGCAAGUGUGUGCGUACCCAAGUUCAAGCCUUAGGUAUCGCAGAAAUUAGUCAACGCCUACGCAUCGCUGAUUUCAGUAUAUUCUUACCUUUUGCUGAAUUCCUUGGUUUGGCAGAAAUCGAUACAGCCGUGGUUGGAAGUGAGAGGGAGAGAGCCGAGACGGUAUUAGACAGCAAGCCUUGGCGAGAGAAUGAAGUGCGUGUUGGUGCAACAGGUGUUUUCCUCAGCGAGAGGUGCUGGCUGGAAAUUGCAAAUGUCGCAGACAUCACCCCUCUACCACGAGGAUUGUCUGCUGAAGACGACAGUCUCACGCCAGACGCAGCACGAACUUUCGGUGACUCAAGGGUAGGCUUACUCUCGCCGUCACCCGGUGGCUUUUAUCACGACGACAAGCACGGAAGUUAUUUUGGCAGCCGAGAUGUCGAUGCUCGCUCCGAAGCACCAUCAGGUAUCACGAACGGUGAUAUGUUCCAUGGCCUCGAGGCGCCGGAGCGCAUCGAUGAAAAGCUUCCUGCGAAGGAGCUACAAGAGAUUGACAUUGCCCCGGUGUCAGGAAGCCGCAAGAGGUGGCUCUUCAUUGUCUACUUUCUAACGUGGUGGAUUCCCGAUAUCUUGAUCAAAUGGAUAGGGAAGAUGAAGCGUAAGGAUGUUCGAAUUGCAUGGCGUGAAAAGCUAGCAAUUAACAUGCUCAUCUGGUUGAGCUGUGCCCUCGUCGUGUUCCUCAUGGUUGGCUUCCCGGAGCUAAUUUGCCCCAAGCAACAUGUCUACUCCAGCGCUGAACUUUCAUCCUUUAACGGGAAAAACGGCCACUCGUCCUAUAUUGCGAUGCGAGGUGUUGUCUAUGACCUUGGAAAGUUCAUGCCUCACCAUUAUCCCUCAAUCAUCCCACAGGCAUCUUUGAAGAAAUACGCUGGCUUGGAUGCUACCAACCUAUUCCCGGUUCAAGUUUCCGCUCUUUGCGAUGGUGUCGACGGAUCCGUUCACCCAGGAGUACAGCUGAAUUACAAGACCUCGAACUACACAAGCCAGAGUAACUUAGUCAGUACUACCGACACAAAUGCCCGUUUCCAUGAUUUCCGAUGGGCCACCAACGACUCCCGUCUUGACUGGUGGUUUGAGCAACAAGUCUUUUUGAAAGCCAAUUACAUGAAAGGACGAAUCGGAUACAGCCCUAACUACCUUAAGACACUGGCUGGCAAGGGUACCUCAAUUGCGUAUAUGUAUAAUCGCGUAUACGAUCUUUCCCAGUACAUCACCGGUGGUCGACGGGUCGAGUAUGCCCCCAACAACUCAGAGAGGCCAAAUGAGCAGCCAAACACAAACUUCAUGGAUGGUUCCGUAGUCGACAUCUUCCGAGUCCAAGCUGGAUCUGAUGUGAGCAAAUAUUGGGAGGGACUGACCCUUCCUGCAGAUACUAAACAGCGUAUGAAAGUGUGCUUGGACAAUUUGUUCUAUGUCGGAGAUCUUGACACUCGAAAUUCAGCGAAAUGUCUUUUCGCUAAAUACCUUCUCCUCGCGAUAUCGAUCCUCUUGGUUAGCGUUAUCGGUUUCAAGUUCUUCGCUGCUCUUCAGUUCAGCAAGAAGAGCGUUCCAGAGAACAUCGAUAAGUUCAUUAUUUGCACUGUCCCAGCGUAUACUGAGGAUGAAGACUCUCUUCGGCGUGCCAUCGAUUCCGCCGCAAGGAUGAAGUAUGAUGACAAACGCAAACUUCUGUUCAUCAUCUGUGACGGCAUGAUUAUUGGACAAGGAAACGACAAGCCUACUCCUCGCAUCGUCCUCGAUAUUCUUGGAGUACCCGAAAAUACGGAUCCGGAACCGCUCAGCUUCGAGAGUUUGGGAGAGGGGCAAAGGCAGCAUAAUAUGGGCAAGUGUUAUUCUGGCUUGUAUGAGGUCCAGGGUCAUAUUGUACCCUUCCUGGUUGUUGUCAAGGUUGGUAAGCCAUCCGAAGUUUCCAAGCCAGGUAACCGUGGAAAGCGUGAUUCUCAGACCAUUCUCAUGAGGUUCUUGAAUCGUGUGCACUACAACCUUCCUAUGACUCCCCUUGAGCUCGAGAUGCAUCACCAGAUUCGGAACAUCAUCGGCGUCAACCCAACCUUCUACGAAUUCCUCCUACAGAUCGAUGCAGACACAGUAGUUGCUCCUGAUUCGGCUACCCGAUUCGUCGCGGCAUUCCUUCACGAUACCCGUCUGAUCGGUAUUUGCGGCGAAACUUCUCUUACCAAUGCCAAGUCUUCGUUUAUCACCAUGAUGCAGGUGUAUGAAUACUACAUCUCUCAUAAUCUGACCAAGGCUUUCGAAAGUUUGUUCGGCUCGGUCACCUGUCUGCCUGGUUGUUUCAGUAUGUAUCGUAUCCGGGCGGCGGAAACUGGAAAGCCUCUAUUCGUUAGCAAAGAGGUAGUUGCAGCCUAUUCUGAGAUCCGUGUGGAUACCCUCCACAUGAAGAACCUAUUGCACUUAGGCGAGGACCGGUUCCUGACUACCUUGCUCCUCAAACACCACUCUAAGUACAAGACGAAGUAUCUUUAUCGAGCUCACGCCUGGACAGUUGCCCCUGAUAGUUGGACGGUUUUCAUGUCUCAACGUCGUCGAUGGAUCAAUUCAACGGUGCACAACCUAAUGGAGCUGAUUCCGCUGCAGCAACUUUGUGGUUUCUGCUGCUUUAGUAUGCGCUUCGUCGUCUUCCUAGAUUUGCUCUCAACUAUCGUCCAGCCCGUUAUUGUCGGAUACCUUGUCUAUCUGGUCUAUCUCCUAAUCAGUAGCCCGAGCAUCAUUCCAAUCACUGCUUUUAUUCUUCUCGGAGCUAUCUACGGUCUUCAAGCUAUCAUCUUCAUUCUCCGCCGUAAGUGGGAGAUGAUCGGCUGGAUGAUUAUCUAUGUGCUCGCGACUCCCGUCUUUUCCUUUGGCUUGCCGCUGUAUGCUUUCUGGCAUAUGGACGAUUUCUCCUGGGGCAAUACUCGUAUUGUUACUGGCGAAAAGGGUCAGAAGAUCGUUGUUUCAGACGAAGGCAAAUUUGACCCCGCCAGCAUUCCAAAGAAGAAGUGGGAUGAAUGGCAACAUGAGAUGUGGGAGGCACACACCUCAAGGGACGAUCGAUCGGAAGUUUCCGGAAUCUCCUACGGCACCAAGCGCUUCCCAAUGGGCAGUGCGUCGGUUGCGGGUUCUGAUUAUGGAGCUAUUCCACCGUCGCGACCAAUGUCCCACCUCGACCUUCCUCGUUUCGGCAACACCUCCAGAAUGAGCCUUGCGCCGAGCGGGUAUGGUUACGAAAACAUGGAGAUGGCGAACUUAAAUCUUCCAACCGACGACGCUCUGUUGGCAGAGAUAAGGGAUAUUCUUAGCGUAGCUGAUCUGAUGACUGUGACCAAGAAGAGUGUCAAGGGAGAAUUAGAGAGGAGAUUUGGAAUGGACCUUACUCUCAAGAAACAGUUCAUUGGCAACGCAGUCGAAUCGAUUCUCGCUGGCGGUAUGCAAUAGUCGUCCCUUCCCACCAUACUCGUAUGCCCUUUAAUGGCAUAAUUUGAAGGAUGCUAGACUUGACGAAUGUACGCCUUCACACCCAAAAUUAGUCGGAAUCUCUUUCGCUUUUUUUUUUUUUUCCCAAUACUUCUCGCCCCUACCCUUUUCCUCUGGCAUGGGAAAGAUUGUUUAUAAAGUAUCCUACUUAAUCAUGGCCUUCGAUGGCAAAAUGCACUCAUUUUCGUUGGGAAUACGAUGGGGACGGCGUUUCCAGUGUCACCUUUAGGACAUUGUGGUUUUAUUUUAUUUUCAUACUGGCGAUCUCUGCAUUUCGGAGCCUUGGCCCACACAUCUUGCAUUGUCUGGAAAAUGAAGGGUAGAAUAAUCGAUGGGGAACUCUAAUGAGAUUUCUGGGUGGAAUGGCGAGGGAACAGAUGAAUCGUUCUGAGUAGUAGUAAUUAAGUGAUAUACCUC